AUGACUGACGUCAAGAAGCUCUCGUUCGCCAAGGUUCUUGCCUCUGCGCCGACAGAAGAGAAAUCGAUAUCGUCCUCCACACGGGAUGCCGCGUCGCACCCUGUGACUGAAGCUCCGUUGCCGACGUCACCCAAAGAAGGAAGCGAAAACGCGGCAGGGGACCCAAUUGUCCCCAAUGGCGACCACAUAGUCAAUAACCCUACAGCGACGGGUGUUGAAGGCGGCUUUGAUGAGAACAAACUUGUUGAUGGUCUGGACAGUUUGAAGAUUGAGCCUUUGGCCCCGAGCCUCGUGGUCAACGGCAUUAAUUCGGCAUCAACCGCGCCAUCGUCGAAAGCUCACAGCCCCUCGGACGAGGUUUCCCAGAGGGCAGAUUCCAGCUCGGAGCUGGGUACCAAACCUCCUAGCCUCGAUGGCAAGAGCAUCACGUCGGGGACGACGUUCAACGCGUUGGACGAGAAGGAAUCGCUUCGGCCUGACGACAGCGCGAGUGUGAUGGCCGCUGAUCAGGAUGACGAUGUCUUCUCCAUCCGUGGCUCCCUCAUCACUGGCUCUCGCAUGGGCUCUGAGGUGGCUGCCCGCGUCUAUCGAAUUCAGCUUGGCGAUAUGCCCCCACGGAGUGUUGCUCCUCAACAUGUCAUUGUCGAAUCCGGCAACAGCGCAGCCACGGCGCCACAGUCUGUGUCCGUGGAGCAACAGCCCGUGACAGAUGCCAAGAUUGCUCUCGUUGGCGCCACGUCUGCACCUGAUGGAAUGUAUGGACAGAACCCUGACGAGAAGCUUCUCGAGGCAAUGCAAUCGCAGAAAGACAGAUUCUUUCUUUUAAAGUUGGAAGAAAUGGUCAUCGACUUUGUGCAGGAUUCAAAAGAACCUUUCAUGGACCUACCUCCAUCCAAUUCCUUCUGCAGGAUGUUGACCCACAAACUGGCUGAUUACUAUCACAUGACGCACUCCUUCGAGGCGGGCGCCGGAGCAGUUCGCAUUUUCAGAACCCCUUUCUGUAGGGUACCGCCCUCAUUGGCCAGCAUAGCGCAAAGCGCUUCUGCCGCAAGUACUCCUCCGCCAAUGGUGAUGCCGAAGAAAAUCAUGCGGCGUGGAGAAGAAGGGGAAUUCGGCCCAGGAAGCGCUGGCCCGUCGAAACCAACCUCGGAGACUGGAAGCGACUCAAAGGAUAAGCAAUCUGCGAAAGAAAAGAUGUCUAGAGAGGAGAGGGAAGAGGCUUACAACAAGGCACGGGAGAGGAUUUUUGGAACAGCAUCCACAGAGAUCUCCACUCCUGAGAACGACGAUAGCACCGGCGUUUCUCGCGCCAGCUCCGUAUCAAUGCGAGACAGGAUCAGCGGCGCAAAGAAGGCAAAGAAAAGGAGAGACUCUGACACAUUUGACACUCGGUCGAACUACGUCGCUUACGCUCCCGCAUACGGCCACCCUCACCAGGCGACAUGGGCUCAGCCUCAUUACAUGCCAGUUGGUGCCCAGGUAAACGGCCCAGUACAGCCACAAGCUUUCACACCCGGGGUUCCAACCAUGUACGGAGCACCGAACCAGCAGUUCCCUCCCAUGGUGCCGGCGACUGGUUAUGGCCCGCCAUAUAACAAUAUGUCGAACUAUGCCCAGCCUCCCGGCCCACCGCGUUAUCAACCGCCGGUGAAUCAGAUGCCUCCCGCACCAUACGGAUCACCUAUGCAAGGUCCGCCUCAACCACAGGCUGGAUGGCAACAACCUCCCAGCUUCAACUCAAGCCCUUACCAAUCUCGAGCCACACCAGUGGCGCCGAACGGGAUACCCUACGCUUAUGGCGCGCUUCCAGCCAAUGUCAAUCCGAGCGACCCAAAGAGUCAACACCCAAUCCCUGGCAGCUUCAACCGCCAUGCCUUCAAUCCAAAGACGCAGUCUUUCGUACCUGGUAAUGGAAUGGGACCGAUGCAGCCGCCGCCUGGGCCGUAUAGUGGCUAUGGGCCACAGCAGGGCAGUCCUCAGAUCACGCCUCCUCACCUUCACUACCCGAGCUACCAAGCAGGUCCGCCUAUGGGUCAGCCUCCGUACGGCAACGCGAAUGGUUACAACAUGAUGCGCCAGGGGUCUAACAAUUCCCUAUCUGCCUACCAUGGUCCGCCACCCAACGUGCAGCACCCGCCUCACGUUCCGCAUGUUCCUCAUCAGCUGCCUCCCCAUCCGCCAGCGCAGGGACCGCCUCACAUACCCAACAAGCCAUCUAUGCCACAGGGCUUGCCCAUGGCUCAUGGCCAACCAUAUAGCAAUCUGCCAACUUAUGGCAAUCCUGCGUCGCUGCCGCAGAAACCCACCACCUAG